CUUACUGUCCCCAAAAAAUCCAGACUUUACACUUUUUUCCUCUGAGACCCUAAAUCCCCAAGUCUCUUUCCUUAACCACUCAUUCGCAGUUCAAUUUCAUUCGAAACCCUAAAUCCCUAAAUCUCUUCCGUAAACCCUAAAUCUUCAAUCCUUUUGAAUGGCGAAGAAGCGAAAACUCACUACCCCCAAAGUGGCAGAAACAACAACCUCCACACAGAAGAAAAAGGUUCCGAAAACGUUAGAAGAAGAUAUCAAAAAACCGCAGGACUUACAUCAAGAACAAGAACAAGUGCAAGAAAAUCAGUCAACUGAAGUCGAGGUAGAAGAGGAAGAAGAAGAGGAAUUCGAAGAGGAAGAGGUGGAUGAAGAAGAGGAAGAAGAGGAAGAGUAAGAAGAAGAGGCAGACGAUGAACCGAUCUCGAAGCUUCUAGAACCAUUUACGAAGGACCAGCUUGUUAUGAUACUUCGCGAAGCAGCAGAAUCGCAUCCGGAUGUUGCUUCACGUAUACGCAAAGUCGCUGACGAAGAUACUGUUCAUCGCAAGAUCUUUGUUCAUGGAUUAGGUUGGGAUUCAACGGCGGAUUCCCUUCGAACAGCUUUUUCUCAGUACGGUGAGAUUGAAGAUUGUAAAACUGUGACUGAUAAGAUAUCGGGGAAGUCAAAAGGAUGCGGCUUUAUACUUUUCAAGUCGAGGUUAGGAGCCCGAUACGCUUUGCAGAAUCCACAGAAGAAGAUUGGGGGGAGAAUGACUUCUUGUCAAUUGGCUGCUGUAGGGCCGGUAUCAACGUCGUCAACUUCGUUUGGGGUGGUGAAACCUGAGGUUCCUGCUUCUGAGUGUACUCAGAGGAAGAUUUAUGUGAGUAAUGUAAGUGCGGACAUUGAUCCAAAGAAAUUGACUGCUUAUUUUGGGAAAUUUGGAGAGAUUGAGGAUGGACCAUUAGGGUUAGAUAAGCAAACUGGCAAGCCGAAAGGGUUUUGUUUGUUUGUUUGUAAGAGUGUUGAAAGUGCAAAGAAGGCAUUGGAGGAGCCUCAUCAGACUUUUGAUGGACAUGUUUUACACUGUCAGAAGGCUGUAGAUAGGCCGAAGCAUGGGAAACAGCAAAUGGGUCAAGGUAGAGGGCAGCAUUAUGGAAGGAGAGUGGAUAAUCCGAAUUUUUCCGAGCCCUAUCCAUCCUUACCUUUAUCAUAUUCAAUCCUCAACCUAUCAAUAGAAAACCAUCCAUUCAUAAGUAAGUUACUCCAUGUGGAAUUCAAUAUAAAAAGAACAUUGAUCAUAAAUUUCACCAUUGUAAGGUAAUUUAAUUCAUAUUUUAAUCAUUACCAACACAAUACAAUUAUCCUCAUUCAUUAAAUAAACUUUAUAAUAUAGUUAAACUUUAACCUUGCAUUCUUCCUUAACUUUCUAGACACGAAUCGUUAAAAUUAUUGUUUUCACUUAUUCUUAUAAGAUUCCUUUCCCACAAAGUGUUGAUACAUAUAUUAUACACAACUCUUCACUUAAUAUCAUCUCCAAUACUAUUAAACUUUUGAAACUUUGCUAAUUAAAUUGUGUCCAACGAAACUGGGAUAAUGAACACCCUUAGCCUUGAUGCCCAAUUGCAGCAAGACUUCUCAAUUCUUACACCGUCCCGCUCAAACUGAUCUAAUUUAAAAAGUCGAAACCUUAUUCAAUUUUGACGUAAUAUUUGUUUUAAUUUUGUUUUACCAUAUAUUUGUUUUAAUAUAGUUUUUGAGGUUUAUAAUACUUCAGAGUAUAAAAUCUGAGAUAGAUUAUCAGCUCUGAAGUAUGGAUUCAACAAUCGUUCAUCAGAUGCUUUGAAAUCCAGUUGAAGAGUUAUGUUACACUAUCGUCUUUCGCAUUAGACGAAUCGUCAAUUUUGUAUGUAGGUGAUAUAGUUGAUUUAGUUGUUGAUAAUGGGGUGUCUUCAACCUUCUUAAGAAGUAAAAAAGUGGAUGCAUAUUUUGACUCUAAACUUUUAAAAAACAUAGAUAUAUUUAGUUGUUUGAGUGAUACCAAAGAUAAAAUCAAUGCAUGGUGGAAUUAUAUGGAGCACAAGUUAAGAAAAAUCUAUGAGUAUGUGUCUUAGUUUCUCAUUUUUAAUGUUCGUAGAUUAAGUUACAUUUCCUUCCCUUUUAUUUAUUCUGCACAUUUUUUUAAAUAGAUAUUUUUCUCUAUUUUACAUAUUUUCUUUUUAAAGAGUGAACCCCAUUUGCAAAAUAUACCUCGCUGAAGGUCAUAUUCUCUAUUAUGUUUUAAUUUUAAAUUUUAUUUGUAUAGUAACGUGGUAGAUAGAUUAUUGUAUCUGAUAUACUCCAAACAUCAACAUUGUGGGCAUUUAUUUGACUUUGAAUAUACCGCAUUGUACAUCACUGGGAAUGAUAAGGUUUGACUUCUCCCUUCAAUGAAACAUGGAGAUAUGGUGAUUUAACAAACUUGGUGAAACACAUUAGAGCUAUUCUUGCUCUUUCUUGCGCUGGACGGGGUGUUACCAAUUACUUUGAAUUGUCUUGCUAAAGACCUAUCACAUCUACUCACAUCUAUUCACCCUAAGAAAUUAUAUAUUUUUUUCCUAAACUCAUUUAAGUAUGGUGAUUUAACAAACUUGGUGAAACUAAUUAGAGCUAUUCUUGCUCUUUCUUGCGCUGGACGGGGUGUUACCAAUUACUUUGAAUUGUCUUGCUAAAGACCUAUCACAUCUACUCACAUCUAUUCACCCUAAGAAAUUAUAUAUUUUUUUCCUAAACUCAUUUAUGUUUCUAUAUAAAUCAAUUACUUAUUAUUUUCUUUAACAGGAACUACGUUCCCUAUUAGUUGUUUGUUGAUCAUUUUCUGUUUUGGACACCAUUUGAAAGGGUUCGUUUUGUUAUCAAUUUGUGGACAUUCACAAAGAAAAACAGCUUAUGUGGGUACUUUUGGACUUUAGAUGAAUUAAUGAUAAGAGAUAAUAUUAGUUAUAAUUGGGGCGUUGAUAUUUUGAAAAAAGUCCAAAAAUAACAUCACAAUUUAAUUAGGAUCUCUGUCGCUCCAAAUUUGAAACAACACUUUUUCCGAAAUAUCAACGCCCGAAUUAUAACUAAUAUUAUCUCUUAUCAUCAAUUCAUUUAAAGUCCAAAAGUGCCUCAAUAAACUGUUUUUCUUCGUGAAUGCCCACAAAUUGGUAACAAAACGAACCCUUUUCAAUAGUGUCCAAAACAGAAAAUGAUCAACCAACAACCAAUAGGGAACGUAGUUCCUAUGGAGUAGUCAAGAAAAUAAUAAGCAAUUGAUUUAUAUAAAAACUUAAACGAGUUUAGGAAAAAAAUAUACAAUUUGUUAGGAUGAAUAAAUGCGAGUUAGAUGUGAUAGAUUUUUAGGAAAACAAUUCAAGGCAACACCCCGUCCAGCGCAAGGAAGAGCAAGAAUAGCUCUAAUGUGUUUCACCAAGUUUGUUAAAUCACCAACUUUUGUAUCUCCAUGUUCCAUUGAAGGAUGAAGUCGAACCUUCUCAUUCUCAGUAAUGUACAAUGCGGUAUGCUCAAAGUCAAAUAAAUGCCCAUAUUGUUGAUGUUUUAAGUACAUCAGAUACAAUAAUCCAUUUACCACAUAACUAUACAAACAAAAUUUAAUAUUAAAACAUAAUAGAGAAUGUGACUUGCAGCGAGGUAUAUUUUGCAAAUGGGGUUCAAUCUUUAAAAGGAAAUAUGUAGAAUAGAGAAAAAUAUCCAUUUAAAGAAAUGUGUAGAAUAAAUGAAAGAGGGAGGAAAUAUAACUUAAUUUACGAACAUUAGAAAUGAGAAACUAAGAUACAUACUGAUAGAUUUUUUAGAACUUGAGCUCCAUACAAUCCCACUAUGUAUUGAUUUUAUCUUUGUUAUCACUCAAACAACUAAGUAUAUUUAUGUUUUUUGAAAGUUCAGAGUCAAAAUUUGCAUCCACUCUUUUCACUUCUUCAACAACAAAAAAAGGUUGAAGAUACAUCAUCGUCAACAACUAAAUUAACUAUAUAACCUACAUACAAAAUUGACGAUUCGUCUAAUGCGAAAGACAAUAGUGUAGCAUAACUUUUCAACUGGAUUUCAGAGCAUUUGAUGAACGAUUGUCGAAUUCGUAUUUCAGAGCUGAUAAUCUUGAUCCCAUGAUAAAUACUACAAUUAUCAUCAAGGAUCUCAAUUUCAUACUCUGAAGUAUUAGAAAUUUGAAAAAUUCUAUUAAAACAAAAUUAUGGUAAAACAAAUAUCAAGUCAAAAUUGAAUAAGGUUUCGACUUUUUAAAUUAGAUCAGUUUGGUUGGAACGGUGUAAAGAUUGAGUAGUCUUGCUGCAACUAGGCAUCAAGGCUAAGGGUGUUCAUUAGUGGGUACCCGGUAUUUCGGAUACCCGGUUAGUCGGGUACCUUAUUUAACAGCCCGUGUCCCGACCUAAUUUAUCCCUGGUUUCGUUGGGCACAAUUUAAUUAACAUAGUUUCUGAAGUUUAAUAGUAUUGGAGAUGAUAUUAAGCGAAGAGUUGUGUAUAAUAUAUGUAUCAAGACUUUGUGGAAAAGGAAUCUUAUAAGAAUAAGUGAAAACAAUAAUUCUAAGAUUUGUGUCUAGAAAGUUGAAGAAGAAUGCAAGGUUAAAAAUUAACUAAAAUAUAAAGUUUUUUAAUGCAUGAGGAGAAUUGUAUUGUGUUGGUAAUGAUUACAAUAUGAAUUAAGUCAACUUAGAAUUGUUAAAUUUAUGAUCAAUGUUCUUUUUAUAUUGAAUUCAACAUGGAUUAACUUAUGAAUGGAUGGUUUUCUAUUGAUAGCUUGAGGAUGAUAUUAGACAUAUCGGAUUGUGCUAUAACUAGUACUUGGGAUGAAAGGAGAAAACUGGUGUUGGAAGUUCUAGAGAUGUUGAAUAAUUUUGGAGCUUAUAAUAGGUUGUGUUUUCAGUUCAGUGCGACUUAAGAUAUUUAUGAAAAGAUUGGAGUUUGAUCAACAAGUUAAAUAUGAUAAAGGUAAGGAUGGA